UGAUUGUUUUGUCAGCUGAUGUUCAGUUGUGUUGGUUUCUGUACAGCCAAGUUUCUACACAGCUUUGCUCAGUUUAAACUUCAUAUUUUUAUUAAUUAAUUUUGCUCUUCGGUAUUAAAAUGCCGUUAUUGUGUGGAGGAACCGCAGGGGAAAAAGAUGCCACGGAUGAAGUGCAGCAAAUCUGUGAUCACAUAAAGCCUCAAGCGGAGCAGAAGGCCGGUAGAACAUUUGAUGUUUUUACUGCUAAAUCCUACAAGUCACAGCUGGUAGCCGGGACCAACUUUUUCAUUAAGGUCCAUGUGGGUGGUGACGAUCACGUUCACCUCAGAGUACAUAAAUCUCUGCCUCAUGCUGGAGAACAACUGGAGCUUCAUAGUAUACAGACCUCCAAAGCUCAUCAAGACCCCAUCGAAUACUUCUGAACUCCUUUUUCACAUUUUGUCUGUUUUAUUUUGUUUCAGUAUUAGUUUUAAAAAGGGAUAGAAAAGUAAUUAACAUGAUUUGUUAUUAAUAUAACUCAGUGAUAUAUGUUGUUUUCGAGAAGCUUAAUGUUUAAGGGACUAUAAAGAAGGGACAGUGGUGAAUAAAAGUGCCAGCCACAUGCCUAAAAUGGAAAUGGAACAUGUAACAUUUUUUAUUCUUAUGGAAAAUUCAGCCCAUGUAAUAGAAUUACUGUAAUAAUAAUAAAGAUGAAAGUACCUGAA